AUGACGGCCAUCAUCUAUUGCCUACGCAUGUGGAUGCACUACCUACUUGGCUCCAAGUUCUUGGUCAAGACCGACAAUGUGGCCACUAGCUACUUCCAAUCACAAAAGAAGCUCACGCCGAAGAAAACUAGGUGGCAAGACUUCUUGGCCGAGUUUGAUUAUGAGUUGGAGUACAAGCCAAACAAAGGCAAUGUUGUGGCCGAUACCCUGAGCAAGAAGUUUGAGCUGGCUUCUAUCACUACCGCACAUUGUGACAUCCAAGAUACAAUCAAGAAUGGCCUGCAGUACGAUCCUGAGAUAAAGAGGCUUAUGAAAUUAGCCAUUCAGGACUUGUCUUGUGUGCCAGCAAGACAAAGUGGAGCAGCGUCAACCAAGAGGGCUCUUGGAGCCCCUGCCCGUAGCGUAGCGUCCAUGGGGGAGCAUGACCAUGGACUUCAUCACUUGUCUGCUGAAGUCAUGCCCGCCAUGAAGGAUUGGGCGAGGCUAUUGGACGUAGCCCAAUUCUCAUACAACCUGCAGCGGAGUGAGGCCACAGGGCGGACACCAUUUGAGCUAGCCACAGGCCAACAACCACAAACUCCACAUUUACUACCAAUUGUGUUUGAAGGCAAAAGUCUGGGGGCUUAUCACAUGGCCAAAGGUUUUGAGGAGCAGCUCGGUACUGCCAAGUCUUAUUUGGACAAGGCAGCGAAAAUGAUGAAGAAGUUUGCUGACCGCAAGUGUCGUCCCACGGAUUACAAAGUUAGAGACAUGGUCUUGGUCAAGUUCAACCCAAGGCAAUUUAAAGCAUUGCGAGGCGUGCAUCAAAACUUGGUGUGA